GCGCCAAUCAGGGUGAACCCCCAGCUCAGUUGGAGCAACUUUGUCAGCCAUUCAAAAAACCCAAAAGCAGAUAAAAGACAGAAGAAAAAAGGACGAGUGCUGGGUAUUACUGGCCCCCCUGGUCCACCCGGACCCCCAGGACCCCCGGGACCCGCGGGAGCAGCAGUCACUAAAGACAUCUUAAUGAAGGAGUUCAAAGACAUGGUGAAAGAGGUGGCAGAGAGGCGAGCAGAGCAGCUUCUUGCCGUGCGAAUACGAGUCAUGUGUCCCGGAUGUCAGCGAAGCAACUACACGGGGGCGCCACUGGGUCCAGGCAUGUUUGAUCUUGAUGAGGUCACGGUCAUACCAAAAAUAAGCGCGGGCUUCCACUGUCGUCUGCGGAACGCUGUUUCAGUGUCCAGUAAAACAUUCUUAGAAUUAAAAAGAUUUCAAAUGCCAUUUGGCGGCGGUGCCUUUCAAAGAGGUGACGUAUUUGAUUCUAAAGAGGGCCGCUUUACGGCACCACGUGACGGAAUAUACCAGUUCUCUUCCAACAUUCACUUCCGGCACGAUGGUCACAAAAAAGGCAAAAAACGGAGAUUACGGAAAAGGGAUAGCAUCCGAGUGCUGAUAUGCAUCGAGUCAUUAUGUCAAAAGCAUACCUCACUGGAAUACACCACGGGGUUAGAGAGUAACAGUCACGUGUUCACCGUUAGCCUGAACGGUUUGCUGCAGCUUCAGAAAGGCCAAUACACCUCUGUCUACGUGGACAACGCGUCAGCCAGGGACAUUUUCGUGCAGGGGGGCUCAGACUUUACCGGCGUAUUAAUUGGCGUAUAGUGAUAAAUGUGAUGCAAAUUGGCACAUCUACUACUGUUGCAUUUCUGGCGUACUGUUUGCCGUGCAUGGGAAACAAUAAAAAUGUUAGUCACAGCUACCGGCGUGGUGUUCUAAGUGGCGUACUUAGACAACUGUAGGAUCGCCAUAUAUACUGUAAUGACGUCACAGCUGGACACACUGCCUGAUUGUGACUAUUGGGAUCUGCAAUGACUGAUGGUGUGUAAAUUGGACUAUGAUUCAAUUUUGAUAUCAUCGUAUUCAUGCAAAGAUACUUUUUACAUGAGGAUUUCUUAAUGUUAUCUGACUAUAUGACAGCACUGCCUACCACAAUGACGUCAGAGUAGAAGAAAUUGAUGCAUGAUGACAAUCGUGAUAUUGUGACAUCUUCACGAUAGAUUCACUGGCGGUAUCUUAUAGUGAGAAUACUGAUUUUGCCACAUUGACCGCAAUGUCACAAUGGUCGUAUCAAUCAUCUUACACGGCACAAGUAACAGGAGUUACCACGUUAGCUUCAUGGAAGCAGAUGUUGGUUAAUGAGAUGUGGAGUGACGUCACAUUUGCUGUAGUGACAUCAUCGAAUGACGUCACAUCUAUCUCCAAGAUGUCACAUGUACCGACGCCACUUGUAACAUGAUGCAAUACCAUUGUCACAUUCGAGACGACGUCAAUUUUAACAAAAUGUGUAUAAUUUGAAACAGACAAUGAAUAGUCCGUGGAAAUGAUGAACGAGGAUUCUUAAGGAGAUUUACUUUAUCAGAGGCUUGGAGCAGCCAUAAAUCUGCAAUAAAAUUCCCUUUAUACUGGCUUUUGAAGCAGUUCAGAUACAACGAAGGGAGAAAAUGGAAAUUGAACUUGACUUAAGACUCAAUACGAAUGUUCAGAGAUCUUAGUUCAGCAGUUUCAGUGUCGUGAAUAGCCAUCUUAUUAAUUCUUUCAAAAUGCUAGAAUUUCAUUUCGACAAUUGUAACGCGAAAAGCUUUUGACUGACUGCUAAGACAAUGAAGAAAGGCACACUGAUACACGGAUUAACGGUCAUGGGUGUGGCAUAGAGACACGUGCUUUGCAAGUGUCGCGAGUGUAUUAUAGGAACUCGUCCGUGGGCAAUGAGGAUAUGCAAUUGUCAUGCAUAAACUCCUAACUGCAUAUGUGCAUGCAAUACUCUCCAGAUUUCACAAAGAAGAAACAGUACACACGUUCUCAAAAUCUGCGGCAAUGCCAUUACUUCAGGUUCUUCUCUAGCCAAUGGCAUAUCGACGCGGAUCAUGUGAUGGAUUGUUGGGACUCAACAAAGUCACAUGGUAUUUGCCUGUCAAGUUCACUGAACAGCCUAAAUAGCUAAGCAAUUCUUUGUGGAAAAUCUACGGGUAAUUACUAAACAGUAAUAGUAGUAAUUGUCUACGUCGUUGCUUUUAUAAGGAAAAUACCUUUAUCACAGGUGUUUUUAUGCAGUGCAUUAUAUUUCAAUACCAUUAUGGUUAGAAUAUUUGAAUCGUGCGACGUAUCACUGCCACACCUAUACAAGUCAACACCUGUUUCUUUUACCGGUAUUCUUUAAGGAAUUCACCAUUUCAAUCAUCAGCCUUUCUCUGAGAAGAAGACUUGUUGGUUUUGUCAGAGAUUGCCCAUUUCCAAAUUGCCAUAGGAUAAUGUGGUUUUUGUUCAGUAAGAACAUGCGAAACAAAACAAAUGGAUAAAGUGUCCUUUUCAAGACCAAGUGUUAAUCUUUGUGGGAAGGGUAGAGAUAGGCUGUAUAGGUAUUGUUGGGCAACAAAUAAGAAUGAAUAAUCAGACAACGAAGUAAACACUGUUAUUAAUAUCGUUACAAUGUAGGAAGUAAGGUCAUGUAUUAAUUUAUUUAAUGGUUACCAAUCUGUGUUGUAAUUGAAAUAAUCUUUUAAAUAAGUUUAUAUAAGUACAAGGCAGAUGUCGUCCAGUAUAACUAACCGUGGCAACUGUCAACACAUCACACAGUCAUUUCCAAACGAAAAGCCACAUCACCUACUAGAAUGUUCUCUUUUGUAAGCGUACUUACUACUUGCCAAAUUACACAUAAAUUCAAAUAAAACACAUUAACAAACGUAACAUAUGACCCUGUGCAAAAUGUGAGUCUGUAUAAUGAGCUGCCACAUCUACACACUGACACUUUCAAUAAAGAAUUAGAUCUAACAUACUAUUAUAGUGGCGGAUUUA